UGCAGUUUCAUCUCUGGACAACUUUUUGGAAUAUAGGACGGCGGGGUCUUUGGUCGGUUAAAGCGCCUCUUUACCACAUGCUGCCGUUUGGGUGCGUUUGACCCUGAACCAGCAGAGUAAAGGUUUUGGUGUUUCUUUGGUGGACUUGAGGGGGUGGUGGCCAACUGGUCCGCGGUAGGAUUUUCCAAAAGAGUGUUCAGACGAGGUCAGCGCGGAUGGGACUUAUAAGACUUCAGAAAGGGCCUGGUUGGGAAAAGGAGUGAGUAUGGACAACCUUUCUGACUUCGGGGGCCCCUGUCCAUCCACCCGCAGGGAUUGGGACACCAACAGCUGCGUGGACGAUUUGAUCGAUGAAGAUGAGAAAGACAGGGCAAAAAGGGCAUCUCGUAACAAAUCGGAAAAGAAAAGAAGAGACCAAUUCAAUGUGCUCAUCAAGGAGCUAUGCACCAUGCUGCAGGGUCAGGGCCAUCCACGCAAGAUGGACAAGUCCACCAUACUGCAGAGAACUAUUGACUUCCUGCAGAAACAAAAAGACAUCACUGCACAGAACGAAACCUGUGAUGUGAGACAGGACUGGAAGCCUUCGUUCCUCAGUAAUGAGGAGUUCACUCAGCUGAUGCUGGAGGCCCUAGAUGGUUUCUUGAUAGCAUUAACGACAGAUGGCAACAUCAUAUACGUAUCUGACAGUGUGUCUUCACUCAUUGGCCAUUUACCGUCAGAUAUGGUGGACCAAAAUAUCUUGAAUUUCCUCCCGGAGCGGGAACACGGGGAGGUAUAUAAGCUGCUAUCAUCCCACAUGCUGAUGACUGACCCCAUUGCUGCUGACUUCCUUGACAGCGAGGCACAUAUUGAAUUUUGCUGUCAUCUAGCCAGAGGUAACAUUGACCCAAAGGAGCCGCCUGUAUACGAGUAUGUCAAGUUUGUCGGAGAUUUCAAGUUUCAUAACAAUGUGCCUACAUCUUGUAACGGGCUUGAUUUGACGUUACCAAGAAGCCUGCAGUCAUCGCUAGAGGAGCAGGUCUGCCUCAUUGCUACUGUACGACUAGUCACUCCACAGUUUCUAAAGGAUCUGUGUAAUGUGGAAGAUCCUUGUGAUGAGUUCACAUCAAGACACAGCCUUGAAUGGAAGUUCCUGUUUUUAGAUCACAGAGCUUCACCGAUCAUAGGCUAUUUACCCUUUGAGGUUCUUGGAACUUCAGGCUAUGAUUACUAUCAUGUGGACGACUUAGAGCUCAUAGCUCAGUGUCAUAAGCAGCUAAUGCAGUUUGGAAAAGGUAAAUCCUGCUACUAUCGCUUCCUGACCAAAGGUCAGCAGUGGAUUUGGUUGCAGACUCACUACUACAUCACGUACCACCAGUGGAACUCAAAACCUGAGUUUAUUGUCUGUACUCACACUGUUGUCAGUUAUGCUGAAGUGCGAGCUGAAAGGAGGAGAGCAUUUGGCUUUGAAGAGCUGUCUCCACCUGAGAUAGCUCCCUCUUCAGUGAAGGCUCAGGAGCUCUACUUGGACAUCUGCUCCACACUGGACCCUCCGAGGGACAGAAACAGCGGUGCACGUUCGGUGUCCUCCCACAGCUCCCGGAAGUCCUCCCACACAGCAAUGUCAGACUCUGCAUCAGCUAACUCCUACACCGAGGCCUGCACACCAUCAUGGCAGUCUGCUUCCAUUGGGACAGAGAAGGCAUCUGCCAGACUCCAGCCUAGUAGUUCAAAGAAUUUGGCACAAAGACAAAAUUCCUUUGACCUCGUUCCCCAACUGAGCCUCCCCCUUUCUCCUACCUGCAGCAAGCACUCCGCAAUGCAACAGCAAACACAGCAGCAGCAGCAGCAGCAGCAGCAGCAGCAGCAGCAGCAGUCGUCGUCGCCCAUGUAUCAGUUGCAGCAGCCUCAGCUCUGUGUAAUGAACCAGCUGAAGGAGCAGCUGGAGGAAAGGACGCGCAUUCUGCAAGCUGACAUUAAGACACAACAGCAGGAGCUACACGACAUUAAGGAGAAGCUUCACCUAGCUAAUCUCCAGAUGUUGUUACAGCAGCCUACCCACAAUGACUUUGGUCAGGCCCAGCAGCAGCAGCAGCAGCAGCAGGGCUCAGGCAGGUCGGCCCAGCAGAGCCAGUCAGGGGUCAUCAGGCAGCUCUCAGGCCACCCUAAACCACCGUCGUGCGGGGCCCACAGCUCAUCGCCUCACACACUCCUGAGAGAGAACAGCUCGCCCUCAACGCAGGUCCAGCAGAGGAUUGCACGGAGCGGGCAGGCGCAGUCAGUGAGCGUGCCUGUGCAGACGAACACAAGUGUGACGAUGCCCUUUUACAGCAACCCCAUGAUGUUCUCUCAGACCAACACGAGGUCUCUGCAGGAUGCAAACCAAAGACAAACAGACAACGAGUUCAGCCAAGAUGGACAACUACGCAUGCUCCUCAACCAGCCGAUGCAGACUCUGGUUCCCACUAGCAGUGUCACCUCGCAGCCUUCCCAGUGCAACAUGGGCAUCUCUCAAACCAUUUCUUCAUUGUGCCCUCUGAACAGAUACACCCUGGAGCAGCAGAUCAUCGGCCCGUCGUUCUCCAUGCAACAAGUCAACUGCAACGCCGUCCUCGUGCCCUCGCCGGUCUUCACGUCCCCCAUCAUGAUCCCACACAACAAUUUUAUCACAAACCAGUCGCAGUCAGCCUACCACUCUCAGCCUCAGGCUUCUCAGCACUCCCUGCAGCUCCAGCAGCCCCAGCAGUUCUUUCAGAUGGCUCAAGGACUUGUACACGGUGGAUCUACUCCAGCAUUCUUACACACCACUAAUGUCCCACAGCAAAGCACUGUGGGAUACAUCCAGCAGCAGCAGCAGCAGCAGCAAACACAGCAACUGCCGCAAGCACAACAGCAACAGGCGCAACAGCAACAAAGGCAAUACCAACAUUCCCAAAACCAGACUGGCAGUGUUUCAGACUUCCGAAACAUGCUGACUCGGUAGCGCUGUGGACCGUGUUAGAGCGCUGAGGUCUCCCUCUGUGUUGUCGCCGUGCGGGCGGCAGCACGUCGUGGCAUCUGGAAGUCUGACGUCUGUGGCGGAAAUGCCCGAAAGUGGAAAACUGCAUCUAGUGACCUUACUGUUGAUGUGAAGCCGCCUGUUGAGCAGAAGCCGCUGCAGUGGAACCCGAACGCAGAGGCUGCACCGACCUGACGUCACCUGCAGGAUGCGAGGAGAGUCUGAGGGUGCCGGGGCCUCCAUCGAGGGCCCGCGUCACACUCAGUCGUCAGUCAGUGAAACUGCUGGAACAAGUGGAUUAUCAAAGCUCUCGAGAAGGCGUUCUCAUUUCUAUAUGGACGUUUUUUCAUCUGAGAGUUUCCUUCUAAGUGUCUGUUUGCACUUUGGUACCGCCCCCUACCCAAAUGUAGAGUAUUUAUUUUUGCCCAUGAAUGAAUAUUUUCCUCACUUGCAACGGCUCGACAGUGUACAGCUGGACACGCCUCCCUCACCAGUGACACACAAUCAUCACCCGCGCUCAGAUUUUUACCUCCAGUGUGAACGCUUCAUCUCAUAAAGGGAUUUGUGUACAUGGGAACAUAGGUGUGCAUUUCAGUUGGCAGACAUCAGAUCCCAUUUCGUCCCCAAAAAAUGUGCAGUUAGUAUGUUCAUGGCGAGUCACUAGAGAGGGGCUUUAUUGUGAGAGCUCCGAAAUGAGCGUCAUAUCUACAAUCAUAAGAAUUCAGAUGAAACACGCCACACUGGGACGCCGAGGGGAAUAUUCUCCAAUUAUUAAAAAGGUCUAUCUAGAUUUUUAAAGCCUCAAUCUGGGACUGAAGAAGGGACGCUACAGCUGUCCCACAAAGUUCUGAAACUUGAAUUUCAGGCGCUUAAACAGUCCUUAAACAAGCUACCAGAGGGGGGGAACAAAAUUGUGCCUUUAACCGUGGUUCGUCCACGGUGCGGUUUGAUGGUUGUGUCUGAUUACGGCUUUAAAAAUCCAGCUCAGGUCCAUUUGGAAUACAAAGUUCUAUUUUCAUAGGUCAUAAUUUAUUAUUUUCCACAUCAAACAGAAGAACGUCUAGAUUUGUACUGGAUGUAUUACAAAUAAUAUAUUGGAUGCUUUUCGCAGCCUUUACAACAGUAAAUCCAAACCUCUUUCUCUGUAAUGAUAGAAGCUGAUAAGAUUCAUUUAACUAUUUACUGAAACCCUCAAUCACUUCAUGUUUAUUUAUUACAUAUAUAUUUGAAAAAAAUAUACGGGAUUAAGAAAGAAGUUUUAUACACAAAAAUCGAUUUGAUUUGUUUAGACAUUGAAAGGUCAACGCUGAUCUAAUGCAGGAACAGUCCUCUCAGUUUCUUAUACCACAACACAACAAAGUGCUGCAGAAGCGUGAGCUCGGUGAGUCCAAUAUCUUGGAAACAGUGAGAAAUGAUUUGGGAGAAACUCUGCCCGCUGCCUGGAUAUUUGUGAACAGUAUUACCCUCUUUGCUCUGCAUUCCCGUUUAUUUUUUGGUCUUUGUUUUGUUGAGUUUAUUUCACCAUCUGCGAAGUCACUAAAUGAACGCUCUAACAGUGACCAAAUGAGCUUUUUUACUAGUAAACAAAACAUGGCUUCCUACUAUGAGUGUCAUCGCAUCCAAAAACGAAAAAUAUUGCUGGCAGAUUUAAUUUUCCAUAAGAAUUUUUUAAAAAAAACAUACGGAAACCCUAAGGGGACAAGGGAGGAAAAAAAUAAAAUAGUGAAAAAAUACAUGGGUGGGGGGAAAAAAAAAGAGAAAUACUUUUGCUGAGUUUUUUAUCACUAAUAAUCACCACAACACAACACAAAUGUUUUGCGAGGGAAUGCAAAAAAACAAAAAACCUGGAAGUUGGCAAAAGUAUUUC